UCAAUAAUUAAUAUUCAUGAACUCAUGUAGAUUAAAAGCGUAAAUAUUUGAGGCUUAAAUGGCCGUAAAGAUUAAAAGGAUCUAUUUGACACUGCCCACAAAGUUCAGUGGUCUAUCUGAACCUUAUUCUAAAGAAAAACUAAAGAUUCGCUUCUAAGAGUAUAAGUCGUCUUCUUCUUUUAUCUUCGAUUACCAACAAAGCGCUAACGGAGCGACAAGCCAUCAAGAACAACAAGAAGAAAGCGUGAAUUUCGAGGUUGCUUUGCUUGCUUUAGUGCUGCUUAUCAAAAAUUGGGAAUUGUGUUCGUGUUGAGAUGGGAUCAGAAGGGCCAAAGAGUGUAGUGAUUCAUGUUACUGGAUUUAAGAAGUUUCAAGGAGUAACUGACAAUCCUACUGAGACAAUUGUAACUAAUUUGAAGGAUUUUGUUCAAAAGAGAGGGUUGCCUGCUGGGGUUACUCUUGGAAGUUGCAAUGUUCUUGAGACUGCUGGAGAAGGUGCUCUUCCUUUGCUCUAUAAGGUGUUAGAAUCCAACGCUGCUGCUACAAAUGUUGGUGAGAAUGAACAAGUCGUAUGGCUUCACUUAGGAGUGAACAGUGGAGCAUUAGGAUUUGCCAUUGAGCGUCUGGCGGUAAACGAAGCCACCUUCAGAUGUCCAGAUGAGCUAGGAUGGCAACCUCUGCAACAUCCAAUAGUCCCCGAGGAUGGAGGAACGUCCUGCACAAGAGAGACUUGUUGCUCAAUCAACGAAAUAUUAAAGUUCUUGAAGAAGAAGAAAGGCUAUAAUGUGACAACAUCAGAUGAUGCAGGGCGCUUUGUAUGCAACUACGUCUAUUAUCACUCUCUUCGGUUUGCAGAACAGAAGGGUCACAAAUCUCUUUUCGUGCAUGUUCCUCUCUUUUCAAGAAUUGAUGAAGAAACUCAAAUGCAAUUUAUAGCCUCCCUUUUAGAGGCUAUUGCCUCAACAUGUUAAACAUAAAUAAUCUCAAUGUUCAAUUUCACUCUUCUUCAUGUUUGUUUGUCUAUCAUGUGCUAGUGCUUGUUCACCAAACUGCAUAAAUAUGAUUAUAUAAGUAAAAUGAACCCAAUUUCCAUUUUGUGAGUCAA